GUUAGGUGGCAGAGGGCGGCAGCGUUUGGAGCGGAGUUAUCAGAGGGUUUCGGGAGCAUGAGCUGCGUCGACUCGGCCCAUCGACAGGAUCGACCAUCGGGAACAAUCUCACAUUCUUCACUUUGCAAGGUGAGCUUGUGAUGCGAACGUGGUUAUGUUUUUCUGCUCAAGUUUCGCACACGUUAGCAUUGUUUGUGUCUCCUGCAUCUUGCUGUUCUCUCUGCAGAAAUCGAGAAUUCGAAUUUUAUUGCAGUUUCGACACUCGGAGGUGUUCUUAUUGGUCGUGCAGAUGUUUGUGCCGGGACCACGCCAAACUCGUGGAAAAUUCUGACGCAGAAACUAGCAUGAAUUCGAUUGUUUUCCAGGAGCGUACAUGUAUCAACUAGCAGCUGGUACUGUGUAGGGACAUGCUUGCCGAGUGGUCUCCAGG